UUCAAAACACGGAAGUAGACGAAGGCGUGCGUUUGGUGCUGCGUUUUCCUCCGUUUUCCGCAUUUCUUUUCGCCCUUAAAGAUGACAUCCGGCCUUCCCAAGGAACUCCAAGGCGUCGUGCCUGGUUGUAAGAAGGCGCUGCAUCUUGAGACGCUGGAUAAGAGCAAAUUGGGAGCUCCUUUUUUCUUCGUUUUGGCGCAGAGUGCAGAAAGACUUUUCCAAGGUAGAUUCCAAGAGAGCCUGGGGUUUGCCACCAAUGUUUUAGAUUUUUGCUGGGAAAAGUUGAACACGGGACACUGGAAAGAUGUUGACGUCUGUUGGAGAGAGGUUUUCACGUUUGGAUCAUUGUUUAAAGCCGUCUGCCAGUUCGGAAUGAGGGAUCAAUAUAAUACAAUGGAUGCCAUCAAGACAUGUGACCUAGGUCUGCUCAUGGGAGCCCCAGUGUUGGACAACAUCCUCAGCAGACUGGUCGCAGUACUGCAGAACUCUGCUAGGGGGACAACCAAGCGACCUCAGGAACAAUGCUCCAAAUCAGCCAUCACCAGUCAAGUACCAAAGCGGCCGAGGACGCUCAUCCUACCGGUCAUCGACUCGGAGAAGAAAGUACCAAGGGUGCACUGCCCCUCCCUGAAGAGUUUCCUGUUGAACUACAUGCGGAAACGUCAGCCUGUCAUCAUACAGAGUAACAUGGAACACUGGCCGGCUAGGAACCACAGGCCAUGGAGUCUGGACUACAUCAGUGAGAUUGCGGGGUGUCGGACAGUGCCUGUAGAGCUGGGGAGGAGGUACACAGAGGAGACCUGGUCACAGACUCUCAUGACUGUGGACGAGUUCAUCGACAAGUACAUCAUACAGAAAUCCUCAGAUGUUGGUUACCUGGCGCAGCAUCAGCUGUUUGACCAGAUUCCCGAGCUUCGGGAAGACAUCCGCGUCCCCGACUACUGUUGCCUAGGAGACGGAGACGAGGAGGACAUCGUGAUCAACGCCUGGUUCGGACCCAAGGGCACCGUCUCACCCCUGCACCACGACCCUCAACAUAACCUCUUGGCACAGGUUGUUGGAUCAAAGUACGUGCGUCUGUAUGCUGAGGAAGUGUCUGACUGUGUGUACCCACACGAGGGCCACCUACUCCACAACACAAGCCAGGUUGAUGUGGAGGACCCAGACCUGGAGCAGUUCCCCCGGUUCAACAGCGCCCCCUAUCUGGAGUGCACUCUUGAGCCAGGAGAGAUGCUGUACAUCCCACCCCGGUACUGGCACUACAUCAGGUCACUGGACGUCAGCUUCUCUGUCAGCUUCUGGUGGUCAUAGCGCCCCCUAACAUCCCACCCCGGUACUGGCACUACAUCAGGUCACUGGACGUCAGCUUCUCAGUCAGCUCAUGGUGGUCAUAGCGCCCCCUAACCUGCAUAUACCC